CAACACAGCUGGGCAAGAUACGGCAUGCUGCCGAGGCACGGAGAGUAUCAUUUUGAAGGCAUAGAAAAGAGUGCCGACAUAGCAAUGUGCCAACGAAUAGGAUGAGCAAACGAUACUUGUGUUCACCCUGGUCAGAGAAUUACCAUAGUGUACAAUUGAGGCAUAUGUCUACAUCAGGAUGAAGGCAGCGAACAUGCCUUUGAGUUUCUAGCGCAGUAAUAUAUGCUUGGGAGAACUAUAAAGAGGCGUCUACAUUCUGCAUCAAUCUAUCCCAACUCACCCACUCCAUCAACCUCUCAUCUCACACAAACCCUUCACCAACAACUACCCCACUCAGCAACAUGCAGUUCAAACUUCUGCCUCUCCUCGCCCUCGCCGGCUUCACCACUGCCACCACUGGCUCUUGGCUCGGCAUGGAAAAUCUCCCUGAUGGUCCCUACAUGGGCGUCAACCAUGACGAUGGCUCUACUACCGUCACCAACCUGAAGACUGGCGAGUCCUAUGAAUUCGGACUCGGCAACGAAUCUGCUGCCAAUGAAAAGCGAUCUGUUGUCUCCAUUGAGAAGCGUGAAACCUCAUGCUGGGGCUACGAGCUCGACCACAGUGGUGUGGACUCAGCUGUUGUGCAACUCAAGAACUGGGCUGGUACAGGCCAUGAUUGGGGUGCCGGCGACAAGCCCGACUACUUCGGCUACAACGCCCGAGGCGUUUACGUCUACUACUGCAUCAACGCUCCUUUCAGUGUGGGCAAUGUUGAUGUUGCUGAUAUCGACUUUGCUCUUAGCCAGAUGGAUGGACAGUGCAAGCGAUAUGAGGCUGGUUACUACCGAUGGGACGGCUCGCCUGAGCUUAUUGGCAAGGUCCGUUCUGGUACUGCUGUCUGCUUGGGUUAAGUCGGCGUUUCGACAGAUGGAUUAUUGGAGGAAAUCAACAAUUUACUGUACAUAGUUAUACGCAGGCGGUGAGGACUAUGAAUGCCAGACCCCACGCCCAUUAUUUCCAUUCUCGUCGCCUCUUUUGACAAGGAGUGUAUCUCAAAUUAGCCAGUUACUCUGGGAAAUACAUUCAGUUUCUGCC